AUUUAAGUAAAAUUGACAGUUUGAGGUCAACUAAAUUUAUUUUUUUUGUUUUAUUCAAAAUAUGCAUAUAUAUUUUUUUUUUUCAACUUAACCAAUAAAUAUAUACAAUAAUAAUAAUAAACAAAAAAAAAAUUUCUUUUGUGACAAAAAAACUGAAAUGUCAUUUUUUUGAAAAAUUGAUAUAAAAUUCUGUGAAAAUGUAAGAGAAAUGGAUUCGUUACAAAUGAAAAAUGAGGUUCAUAUUGAUUUGACGAUUGAUGAAAAUGAUUAUCAAGAUGAUAUCAAACAAAUUGUUGAUAUAUUACGCAAUGAUUGGCCCAAAGAUCAAUUGGAGUUUAAGAUUUUUACCAAUGGGAUAACUAACAAAUUAAUAGGCGUCUACUACCCAGAUCACUACAAUGAAAUGUUAUUAGUAAGAAUAUACGGAAACAAAACCGAUUUAUUAAUCGAUCGCAAGGACGAAGUCAAAAAUAUCCGAGUACUGCAUAAAGCGGGGCAUACUCACUCACUGUAUGCGACAUUUAAUAAUGGGCUAGUGUAUGAAUUUUUAAAUGGGGAAGUAUUAACACCGGAAACGAUAAUUAAUCCGGACAUUUAUUGGCUGGUCGCUAAGCGAUUGGCCCAAAUGCAUCUGCUGGAUCCAAGAAAAUAUUUGAGUGAUUAUGGUGGUGAAGGUCCAAGGGAACCAAUCAUAUGGAAAAAGACUGAAAAAUUUAUGGAGCUCAUGCCCAGAUCGUUUGAUGAUGACGUCAAACAGUCAAGAUUUGAAAAGAUGAUCAAACCUUUUAAAGUAUUAGAAGAAGAAUAUAAAUUAUUAAAAGACAAUUUAAUAAAAUUAGACAGCCCUAUUGUGUAUUCACACAAUGAUUUAUUACUCACAAAUAUUUUGUAUGACAAAAAUGUACAUAGUGUCACUUUUAUUGACUUUGAGUACACGGGAUUUAAUUACCAAGCUUUCGAUAUCGCCAAUCACUUCGCUGAGUUCGCUGGGGUAGAAAAUAUAAACUACGAUUUAUAUCCUGAUGAAAUAUUCCAAAGAUCAUGGCUAAGAAUUUAUUUACAAGCUUACAAUAAAUCUUCAAGUGUCUCUGAGGAUCAAGUCACUAAAUUAUUUAAGCAAAUUGAAAAAUUUAUUUUAUUAACGCAUUUUUUUUGGGGAUGCUGGGCAUUAAUUCAAUACCAACAUUCGACAAUUGAUUUUGAUUUUCUUGAAUUUGCUGCAAUUAGAUUUAACGAAUAUUUCAAACGUAAAAAUUUGAAUGGAAUUUUUGAAUUAACCACUAAAUUAUAAUAAUAAUUAUUAUUUAUUUUUAUUACAAAAUAGAGAUUUUUGUAAAAAUAAAAAUGCAUUUAGAAAAUUUAUAAAUAAUAUUUAUAUAUCUGUGAAAAAAAAAAAAACAAUAUUAUAUUAUGGGAUCUCAGAUAGCAAAGUGACGUCUUGAUGAGUUCUGAAUGAGUUCCUAUUUAUGAUUUGGACGUCUUAAAAACACGUUAAAGAAGUCUUUAAGAAGUUAUCAAGAUGUCGAAUGCGCCACCUAGCGAACUCAGUAAGACGUCUCUAAAAAAAGUUCUCAAAGAAUUAUUUUUUCUGACUUCGCAAAUAAAACUUCAGUAUGAAUUUACCAUGGCGUCUUAAGGAGCGCCUAAUUUUGACUUCAUAAAGAAGUUAAAAAAAAAGAAUAGUUACAUUUAGACGUCACAAAAUUGACGUCUUAUUUAUGGACGUCUUCAAGAACUCUUAAUUAAGAGCUCUUAAAAAUGACACCUUUAAGAAGUCACUGUAAGACUUAUUGAGGACGCGUUAAAAAAGACGUGACAAAGCACACAGAAAAAAAAAAUUCUCGACUGAAGGUAAAUAUUCUUGAUUCAAGAAAAUUUUUUUGGAUACCUAAAUUUUCUCAGAUAAAGUAGAAAUCUUUUCCGACCAAGAGGAAGUUUUUUUAAUCAAGACAAAUUCUCUUGGCUCAAGAAAAUCUUGACUUGGUUCCCGAAAAUGUUUGUCUUCCAAAAUAUUUUCUUGACUCAAGGAAACUUUUUUUUCUGUGCAGUCAUUCCGACUUUUAUGCUGUCUGGGGUAAUAAUAAUAAUAGUAAGCAUUUAUUUUAUUGUUGAUAUUUAAAAAUUUUAAUAAAUUGUAUUAAUUUGUUGAUUAAAUAAUUUAUUAUAAUUAUAAUUAUAUAUAAUAAUAAUAAAUAAAGAAAUUAAA